UUCCAAGACACCGGCAAUUAACUAAUGGUUCCAAAAAGUGUGAUCUUUUACGCUACGGUUAGCAGGUUACUAUACUAAGGCUGUUUUGCCCAAAGCUCGCAUUGUUGCCAGGGUGAGACUUCAGUGCACAAAUCCUCAUCUAUAAUGUUGGAUGGCGAUCUGAAGCCCAACCCUGGAACACCGGUACUGGAAUAUCUGCAGCAUGUUUGUGGUGUCAAUUCCGAGAAAGCUCUUGCAGAUAUUCUAGGUGACGAAUCCAGCGGAAAAUAUGCUCUUGCGUUGGAGGCGUUGAAUGGAAUCCGGUUCAGAGCCACCCAUCUUGCGCCUGAUAAAAAAUUCCACGCUCGUGGCCUGGGUCGAUCAGCGGACAAAUUCAGCUUCGAAUGGAAAGGGAAUGAUGGCAUGCACUUGGAUACGGUGCAGUCAUACUUUCGUAAG